UUAAUGAACUCUGUUGUGUUUCUUCCAGAUUUCCAAACCGCUGAUGGAAAAAAAGAGAAGAGCGCGCAUCAAUACCUGCUUGGAUCAGCUAAAAACCCUGCUGGAAGGCUUCUACUCCAACAAUAUCCGGAAGCGGAAAUUUGAAAAAGCGGACAUUUUGGAACUUACAGUGAAGCACCUGAAACAUCUUCAAAACACUGAGAAAGCAUUCGCGGUUAACUCUGCUGUCACUGAGUAUCAGGCUGGCUUCAGGACAUGCAUCGCCGGUGUGCAUCAGUAUCUUCUCAUGAGCAAAGCAAACCCUGCUCUCGCGCACCUGUCCAACGCGCUCCUCUGCCUCAGCGCGCGACUUCCGGAUUCCAGCACCGCGGACAGCGACGCGCUGCAGACUCGCGCACUCACUUCGCCUCGCGCCGACGUCACGUGCCUCUCUGAAACAAUGAAAUCGACUCAAAACGUUAAUCGAAAACGGACUAAAAUCUACAACAAAGACAAAACAACACACAAGCACAUCAGUGCUAACCGAAGCUCUAGUGCUCCUACAAACCUACAAACUUAUUGGCGGCCUUGGUAGCAUCUUAUCAUAAUUCACUUCUGUCUCCUUGUAGACUUGUAUAGAUAUGAUCAAGAAAUUGUUUAUUAUUAUAGAG